UUAUUUUAUAGUACAAGUAUUUAAUAUUGUAUUGCAUUUGUUUUGAAUUAAACAUAAAGAAUUCUGUCAAAAAAAUAUAAUAUCCUUCAUUAUGGAAAGGUUAGACAUUCCUGAUUAUACUUGGUCAGAAAAAGCAAAAGAGAGUAAUUUAUUAUUAGAGAAGUAUGCCCAAAGUAACAAUUGGGAGAGAUUAAUAUUAAAAAAACAAACUGGUGAAAUAAAAACUUACUUUAACUUUGGUAAUGAGAAAAUCUUUUACGGAUCCAUGUAUUUUUCUUUCAAAGAACAGGCUGCUAAAUGGUCUGUAACUUAUGGACCAUGGUCAAACAAUGGAUCAGGAAUAGUUCAUGGAGGUCUUAUUGCAACUCAUCAUGAUGAAAUAACUGGUGUUGUAGCUGUAAGGUGUUUUGGACCAUGUGUAACUGCUAGUCUUAAUAUCAAUUACAAAAGUCCUAUGCCGGUUGGAUCAACGUUUUUGUUUGAGUGCAAAGUUGUAAAAGUGGAAGGGCGAAAAAUAUUUCUUGAGAAUAAAAUAAUUAGUUUUGAAACUAACAAAGUGGUAGGUGACGCCUCUGCUUUGUAUGUAUUGGUAGAUAAGGAAUCGUCCUUGUAGGAUGAAAGUUUAAAAAAAGCUACACAUAUUUAGGCAAUAUUGAAUUUAUUAAGUUUUUUUUUAAAGUGUGCUACUAUCUGCUGCGUCUAUGCUGCAAAAAAUGUUUUUAUUUAUUUAUUGUUUUAAAGUUUUAGUUGCUUUGUAUAUACUUUUGUAUUUUAAAAAUGUAAACGCUAAGUAUCAUAUGUUGUGUUAUUUAUAUUAUAAUUAGGCUAUCUAUUAAACUCAAAAAUUAAACUCAAGUGAAUCAAACUAAUUCACUAGUAAUA